AUGCUUAUAUGUUGGUAUGUGGCGGUAUAUUGUGUAAUUCUCAGUUUGGAACAAGAUGCUCAUUUCAAAAGAGAAACAUCAAUUGCAAUUGAUGAAAAUGCAAAAUUGGUAAUAUUUGGCAUGAGACAUGGCAAUUGUUAUCCGGGGAAGUUUUUACUCGAGAAUUCACGAACUUGGGGUUUUGAAGGGGUCAAUGAAUUAACACAGUUCGGCAAACGUGAAGGAUUUGGUUUUGGCAAAGAGCUUCGUGAAUUUGUCGGUUCCUUGGUUGGUAACAAUUAUAUUCGGAACGAAGUGGCAUUCUAUACCUCUAGCGCGAAUCGUUGUCAAAUGACGCUGCAGGUUGUUAUGGCAGGUUUCUAUCCACCAGAUACAUUUGCCGAAUGGAAUCAUGCCCUAGAAUGGUCACCAGUACCAUAUACCAUCGAUGAUUCUAUGUUACGAACAUAUUCUCUUCCAAAUUGUAGUAUCAUUGAGCAAGCUUGGGAACCAAUUAUUCAUGAUAAUUUACCCGAAUUAGUACAAAUCACCGCUGAAAAUGCGCAAUUAUUAGAACAUAUAGCGACACAUACAGGAUGGAAUAAAUCAAUUCAAAGUGCUUCUAAUCUGGCUGGUAAUAUUUUAGAAAUGAAUUUAUACAAUACAACCUUUCCGGAUUGGAUUGAACAGCCAACUUUGGAAAAUUUUGACAAAAAUUCACUGAAAGAAGCGAUAAUGAUGUUCCUAGACAAACAUUCACUUACUUGUGUCAACUAUAAGCCAUGUCGCGAUAUUAUGGGCGGAAUUUGGCUCAACCAUGUUUUGACCAUUCUCCGUAAUACAGCUGAUAGCCAGCAAACUAAAAAAUUGAUCGGUUAUGUUUCGCAUUUGGAAAUGAUACUAUCAGUGAUGAAGAUAUUAAGAAUAAAUCAAACCUUUCUGGACACGACAGCUGGAUUUUUAGUGGAAUAUCGCGAUAAACCGCAUAAAUCCAUUAGAUUGCUAUUUCAUGAAGCAUUAGCCAUCGAUAGACAUAUCAUUCGACAGGCUGAAUACGUUGAAGAAUUGGAAGAAUUGAGUGAUUCAAAUCAUUGGAUACCAUUCGAGUCAUUCUAUGAGUUAGUUAAAGAUAAAGCAAUUACGAAUUGGGAAGAAGCUUGUGGUCGAAAAAUAUCACAAUGUGUAGUAUCAGGAAGUGAUAUAAUAUCAUCACAGAGGAUUAUCACCGUUGAUAAUGAUAAUAGUAUUUUGAUUAACCAUCAAACUUCCACAACUCCAUCUGUUAUUUUUGCUUCUUUAUGCAAUAUUGCGAUACAUUUAUUAGUUACUUCAUCGUUUAUUUCAUGA